GAAACACCUGCUACUACUCCAGGAACCUCAAGUACCCCUUCAGGAUCCCCAAGUAACCCUCAAGGAUCCCCUGAUACCCCUCAAGGACCAUCCAGUUCACCCCAAAGCUCACCCAAUAAGCCGAACAGUUCUCCUCAAAGUACAUCAAAGACACCAGGAGCACCUGGCAAUCCCCAAGGAUCCACAAGCGCUCCUAGCCCUUCUGGUAAAACCAAAUGUACGCCACUACCUGAAGGUAAUCAAUCACUGACCUCAAAUAUAGACUGGAUUGCACAAAAUUGUUUUAAUAUGCGGUUCGUUUGAUCAAGCAAUGCAAGUUGACAAAAUUCUCAUGUAAACUCUCGCUUCCCAACUCUCAUGCAACUCUUGUUCUCGUUUGAUCAAGCAAUGAACGUUGAGAAAACUCUCAUGUAAACUCUCGCUUGUCAACUCUUAUGUAACUCUUGUUCUCGUUUGAUCAAGCAAUGAAAGUUGAGAAAACUCUCAUGUAAACUCUCGCUUGUCAACUCUUAUGUAACUCUUGUUCUCGUUUGAUCAAGCAAUGAAUGUUGAGAAAACUCUCAUGUAAACUCUCGCUUCUCAACUCUCACGCAACUCUUGUUCUCGUUUGAUCAAGCAAUGAAAGUUGAGAAAACUCUCAUGUAAACUCUCGCUUCUCAACUCUCACGCAACUCUUGUUCUCGUUUGAUCAAGCAAUGAAAGUUGAGAAAACUCUCAUGUAAACUCUCGCUUCUCAACUCUCACGCAACUCUUGUUCUCGUUUGAUCAAGCAAUGAAAGUUGAGAAAACUCUCAUGUAAACUCUCGCUUCUCAACUCUCACGCAACUCUUGUUCUCGUUUGAUCAAGCAAUGAAAGUUGAGAAAACUCUCAUGUAAACUCUCGCUUCUCAACUCUCACGCAACUCUUGUUCUCGUUUGAUCAAGCAAUGAAAGUUGAGAAAACUCUCAUGUAAACUCUCGCUUCUCAACUCUCACGCAACUCUUGUUCUCGUUUGAUCAAGCAAUGAAAGUUGAGAAAACUCUCAUGUAAACUCUCGCUUCUCAACUCUCACGCAACUCUUGUUCUCGUUUGAUCAAGCAAUGAAAGUUGAGAAAACUCUCAUGUAAACUCUCGCUUCUCAACUCUCACGCAACUCUUGUUCUCGUUUGAUCAAGCAAUGAAAGUUGAGAAAACUCUCAUGUAAACUCUCGUUUGUCAACUCUUAUGCAACUCUUGUUCUCGUUUGAUCAAGCAAUGAAAGUUGAAAAAACUCUCAUGUAAACUCUCGCUUCUCAACUCUCAUGCAACUCUUGUUCUCGUUUGAUCAAGCAAUGAAAGUUGAGAAAACUCUCAUGUAAACUCGCGCUUCUCAACUCUCAUGCAACUCUUGUUCUCGUUUGAUCAAGCAAUGAAAGUUGAGAAAACUCUCAUGUAAACUCUCGCUUGUCAACUAUGUUUAUGCCAUUAAUUGCAUUAUUUUGUUAACAGGGUCAAAGAUUUGUUCGUCGCAACCAUCACCAAACCUUGCAGACGCCGCGCACACGUUUCGAUAUCGUUUACCGCCCGUCUUUGGUCCGUACGACACAGCAG